AUGACACAGCGGGAGCCGUGGAUGCUGGGCGAUGGGGAACUGCUCGCACAGCCCGCUGAGCAGUGGCUUGGCGACUCCCGCGUGCUUCCCCUUGGAGCACCUGAAGGUCCAGUGCACCUGCGCAGCCGGGGGCCUGCCCUGGGUUGCCAGCAGGCGGCCAGCCGAGCCGGGGUCUCCCUUCGAGCUGGUGGGGCGGCCAGCAUGGGCGCGGUGCUGAGCCGUCUCCAGCAGCUGGUGGAAGCAGAUGGCUCUCAGGGGCACUCCGCCUCCUCAACCCCAAACAGCGAUGCCCUGGCGCCGUUGCAGGUUUCCCCUGCGGUGACGCCCGGCAGCCCGGCUGACCUCCCUAUGGAUCCCAGCCUCGGCGGCAAAGCCCUGCCGGCCUUCCUGCCCGCGAAGAAAGAGGACCGGCCCCAGCCGGAGGGGGCCAGCUGCGACACGGCCGUGGGGAGCACCGCGGCGGGCCUGGCGGCGCUGAGCGAGUGCGGCCAGGUCCUGGUGGAGCAGGCGGUGAAAGCUCCCCAGGCGGCCCCCAAAGGCCUCGGCCACCCGCCCAGCGUGGACAUCCUGGACGCCCGCAUAGUCAUGGGAGAGGAGACACAGCUCCCCCCCGACCUGGCCGGACCCGGCCCUUUGGAAGCCAGCGCGGGCGGGGAGGAGCUGAGUGACCCCGAGGAUCAGCCCCCGGCGGCUGCGGAGGGGCCUCCGCCUCGGACCUCGCAGGACUCGAGCCCCCCGCAGGCGCGCCUGUCUCUGCCGGGCCUCUCGGCGCACGGCGAGCCGGAAGCAGCGCUGCCGCCGCCUCUCUCUCAGGGCGAACCGCCGGCGGCGGAUGUGCCUUCCCCACCUGCGACCCUCACCCUCACCAAAGACCCUCCCCUGGACCUGCCCGAGACGCCACCCCUGCUGGCCAAGCCGGCCGGCCCCCUGGACCCGGAGCUGUACUUCACGGCGCCCUCCACCCCCGUCCGGACGGCGCUCCCCCACCUCAGGCAGGCCCCCUUCUUCAAGGAGAGCCCCAGCGAGGAGCAGAACGACACGGACAACGAGGGCCUCUGCUCCCCCCCCACCUCGCCCUCGGGGUCCUACAUCACGGCAGAGGGCGGCAGCUGGGCCUCCUCGGGCACCGCGAGCACCUCCCCGUCCUGCUCCCCCAACCUGAUGGCCGAGGCCGAGGCCCUGGAGACCCCGGCUGCGCCCGGCGAGCCCCCGCUGGAGGCCCCCAGGCUGCCCACAGCGCCCCCGCUGUCCCCUGAACUGGAGGGAGUGGCGGACGAUGACGAGGGGGAAGAGGACGGGCAGACGACGCCAGAGGAAGACGAGGACUGGGCCUGCGGGCCUCGGGCCUCAGAGCAGCCCAGCCCGCCCUGGCCAAAGAGCGACGACGUUUCUGACGACGAAGCGGAGCUGGGCUCCCGGGCACUCGGGGAGGCGGAGGAGAGCUUGCCUUCUCACGAGGCCGGAGCCGGGGACCCGCUGAAGGGUCUUCUGGGACCCCGGCCCGAGCCCCUGUCCCCUUCACCUGCUGCCUUCCCCGGGCCCCCGCCGGAGCUCAGCAGAGCCCCCGGGCUGGACCCCUCUCCCACUGAGGCCUCCGAGGGGCCGCGGGCGGAGACGGCGACGUCCUGCCAGGACCACGGUGCCGACAACGAGCGCAUGAUUUCGGCCCUGCUCCUGCCCUUCCGCGGGAGCCUCCUCUUCGAGGCAGAGUCGGUGGAGAUCACGCUGUUCCCCCAGGGGGAGUCGGCGGAGAACGAUGCCCUCGACGGCAUUGAGGACGACGACAGCACCUCGGCCUCCUUCCUGCACUCCCUCUCCGAGACCUCCAUCAACGAGGGGGUGGACGAGUCCUUCGCCUACCAGGACGACACUUCUGCAUCCUCUGACUCGGCCUCCUACAACGGAGAGGAGGACGAGCAGCUGUACAGCGUCGAGCGGCACGCGGCGGUCACGGAAGGGGCACACGAAGCGGCCGAGUCUGCCAGGGAAGACACGGAGCCGGGCCUGUCCUGCUCAGGCAGCGAGAGCGAGAUGGAGACCUCGUCAGAUGAAGAGGACGACACCGCCUCUGCCCCACUGGAAGGACUGGGCCUGGGCCAGGCAGAGUUCGGGGGAGAAGGGUCCUUCCAGGGCAGGCCUGAAGAAGGAGAGAUGCCCCAGGCAGACCGAGCUGUAAGCCCCACGGAGGGAGCCACUGUCUCUAGGCUGCAAGCCACGCCGAAGCCCGAGGGUCCCACGGAUUCAUCUGAAUGUUCGGAAGGAAGCACUGUUUCUCCCACGGGGCACGGGGAGGGGUCUCCUCUGGAGCAGGACGCGGCAGCUGCGACCGGAGCGCUGGUGCCCGAGACCGGAAGUAAAGAGGAGUCCGCAGGGGAAGCGUCUCCCUCCCAAGGCUGCUCCAGGUCCCCGUCCAUGUUGGACGUGCAGGGGGCCCCGGAGGAAGUCGGCCCCGAUCCCGGAGAGUGCCUCAUCGCCUGCUUUGAUACAGACGACGAGGCAGACGGCCUACCGCCGCUGGACGACGACGCGGAGAAGCCUCUCCCAGUGGGCCAAGCGGUUGACGAGUGGGUGAGCCAGGGGUGUGUGGGAACCGCCAUCCCACUGGAAUGGGACCCGAAGCCGUGUCCUGCACCGGCCGCCGAGCCCGUGGCCAGAGUGCCCAGCGAUGCGUCCGCCCUCGAGAUGGGUGCCGAACUGAAGGAGUCCGAGGGACAGCUGCUCCAGCUCCUUGGCCAAGAUAGCACCUCGGCGGGAGGCUCUGCGGGCCCCGAGGGUCGGAACGGAGGGGCGCUGGGCACGGAGCCAGAGGAGAAGGCGGCGCCGUUCGCCGCCCUCCUGGAGUCCUCCGAGGCAGCCCUCCUGGAGCAGCCGGAGGUGAUCCGAGCCGACAGCGAGCCGGCGGAGGAGUGCCUCAUCGCCUGCUUUGAGUCGGAGGACGAACUCGAGGAGGCCUCAUCCCUGGACCAGGUGAACAACAAUGAGGACGGCCUGGUGAUGAUGUUUCCAGAGGCCAAGCCCGAUUCUGAGGACCUCGAGGGACUCGGCGCCUCUCCGGAGAAGGUGCUUACAGCAGCCGGCGAGGUCCACUUGGAGGCAGCGGCGCCCCUGCCCCCCACAGAGGAAGAGGAGCCUGCUGGGUGCCAGAACUGGGGCAGCCAGAGCCUCCAGGACGACUCAAGGCGGCCAGAGGGGGAGGCCGCCGUGGCACCUCCCGCCGAGGAGGAGCAGGUGCCCGGGGAAGGUGUGGCCGCCCCGUGGCUCGUGCCGUGCUUGGAGACCGGUGAGGCGGAAGGUUCCAUCCAGAGAGACGCUGCACCCAGCGCGCCCCCCCACGUGCCGUCAGGGAGCGAAAUGGGCAGCCCUCCCAAGGAGGCUGCAGAGGACGCCCCGCGGCUUGCUGAGGACCCCUGGUGUGGACCGGGGGAAGAGGACCUGGAAGGACAUGAACACGACGAGCCGAGGUUGCCGGAGGAGCAGCAGCCAGCGCUAUCGGACGAGGGCGAUGCGGACCAGAGCUGGGAAACUCCAACGGAGGAAGAGGAGGAGGCGUCCGAUCUUGAACGGGAGGAGUGCGGCAGAGUGGGCGCCGUGGCUGACGUCCCGGCAGUGGGAGACGCCGGUCAGCUAAGAGACGAGCCUGAAGUGGGGCCCCUCCCCGCGGAGGCGUUGGACCUGGGAAGCCUCCCUGUCCAGGAGGCCGAGGCACCCUGCCCGGCCUUCGAGCGCCUGGCCCCGAGAGAGGGCAACACGGAUGUGCUGCCGGUCGAGAGCACCGAGGCGCCGCGUGCUCCGGCUCAUCCGGCCAAGGGCGACAGCCCAGGCGAGGAGCCGGGCGGCAGCGAGGGCGAAGCCGCGGAGGCCAGCCGGAUGGGCCCCCAGGAGUCAGCCGCUGAAUGGCCCCAGCCGGCGGGCAUCCAGGAACCGGAACUCCCAGCAGUGGACACAGAGGCCGAGGUCACAGAUCCGCAGGGAGCUGCGGCGCGCGUGGGAGCUGCUGCAUGCCUGCCUCCUCCGGGCGCACCCCGUCCUUCAGGCACCGGAGCUCCGGCCGCUGGAGCUGUCCCAGGAACUCCCCCCGCGGAAGCCACCGGUGCUGCGCCCUCCGAGGCCGGCGUGCGUAGCCUGUCCCCGGAGCAGCCACAGGUGCUCAAGAAGACCUUUGCUCAGGCUCUGCUUCAGGGCCUCCAGCCUGCCCUGGAGGCCCAACCUGCCUUCCUAGAAAAGGAUUUGGAGGUCUCAUUAUCUCCGCCAGAGCAGCCGGUGGGCUCCCCGUCCGACUCGCCUGCAGACUCGAGCUUCUUCACAGCACCUGAGGAGAGCUUUAGUGAGGCCGCAGGGCUGGCUAGAUCCCCCGACUCUGGGAGAGGAGGAGAGCAUCAGGCGCCCGACCAAGCCUGGGGCCACCCAGGAGAGACAGUGGAGGAGAGCCCACCGCUUCCGCAGGACCUGCAGGUCACCACGCCCGAGCCGGUGCUUCCAGGCGUUGAGGCUGCGGAUGUGGAAGCCGAGCGCCCGGCCACCCCUCCAAAUGCCUUGCUGGCCGAGGAACCUUUGCGCCGGAGCACCGCCGUGUGUCUGCACUACACGGCUCUUGCCCGGACAUCUAGCUUGGCCAUCCCCUGGCACGCCGAGGCACAAAGGGAAGCCUCGCCCGCCCGUGGCAGCGGCCAGCAGCUCUUCUUCGCUUCUGAAGAGGAGAUCUACCUGACCCAGCCCGAGGACACUCGGCUCGACCUUUCCAGUGCAGCCGUAGAAGCAGAGUGUGCUGACACAGAGGGAGAUCUGGGGAGUGCGAGUCUGGAGCCGGCACCGAGUGGCCCCAAAGCCGCUGCCGCAGAGAGCUUGCCGACCGGCCCGAGCCAGCCCGAACCACUGGGUGCCUUGUUACCGUGUGCCGCCGGCUGGACGGAGUCUCCAGACCUUCUUGCCGACCAGAGGCAGGUCAUGUGCCUGCUGCAAGGCUCCUUUGGAAGCCCGAGGGAGCAGAGGGUGGGGGCCGCAGCUCUCAUGAGCAGCGAGCUCAUCAGUGAAGCACAGAGCUUGCUUGGCCACCUGAAGGAGCGGCUCUCGGAGGCGUCCUCCGGGGAACUCACACCCGACCUGUCCGAGAUGAAGGAUUCUGGAGACGAGCUGGCGUCUCCAGCUUCUCCGUGCGAUGGUGCUGCUGGCGAUGAAGAUGACGAGCAAGAAGCUUGGCGACCCUGGGAGGACGAUAGAGGUGAAGAGGAAGAGGAGGCCGAGAGCCACGAAGCUCCCCCAGCUAAUGUGGAAGAUGUCGCCCCUGUUUCAGAAGUGGUGGAGGUGUCUACCGGCCACCUGGAGGCCUCCGGCCCAGAAGAAGCAGAGCAGCCGGCCCAAGAUGGCACCUGUCCGGCUGGCGAUAAUGAGGGUGAAGUUGCUGAGCGCAUCGAUGGAGGGACAUCUCCAAGCCCGCGAGAAGAGCAGUCACUCCGGAGUCCAGAGCCUGAGACCACUGCAGAGGGGAGAACCAGGCUGGCAGUGGAAGAGGCGGGAUUAGGGGACACCUCCGCAGAAGCUGGCCAAGCGGGGGAUGACCGGAAGGACGAAGACGAGCCCCUUCCCUCACCUGAUCUCCCUGGAACCAUGCAAGCUCCCGGCCCUGAGGACACCAGGAGCAGCCGCCCUCUCACCCCUCCGGGGGGGGCACCCCUCUCGCCACCCCCUUCUCCACCACCCGAGCCCUCGGAAGUGCCUCCUGCGUCACCCGCGCCACUGCCGCUGCCCCCCCCAGAGGGCCACGUCCGCGGUCCAGCAACUACCUCGUGGCUUCCCGCUGCUACCAUGAGCCCCGAUGAGGGACACGCUCCUUCCAAAGAGACGCUGCUGCUCCUGAGAGACUCCAAAAAGCCGCCUGUGGAAGCUUUCGACGUCUCCAGGCCCCGGGCACCCUGCCGAGCCGACCCUCUUCCCAGCACCAAGGAUGCCAGAGGUCGGAACCGGUUGCCUGGCAACAAAGAUUCCCGCGGCAAGGACUCGGCCUCGGCGGGAGAGAAGCGCGCCGACCACAGGCCUGCCCGGCUGGACUCGAGCUCCUCCAGUGAGAGGGAGCUGUCCUACCGCUGCCCGGAGAUCGAGAGCCUGCAGGAGGCGGCGGGCCUCAUGCUGGUGGAGGAGAAGAAGCCGCUGGUGGGCAAGCAAGCCCAGGAGGCCAACCAGAAAGGAUCGUCCAACGACUCCGAAAGCAACGAAGGGUCGAUACCGGAACUGGAGGAGCCGGAGGUUUCAGGACCACGGUCGUCACAGACACAGGCGCAGCUCACGCACUCCUUGGGCACCGGCGAAGAAUCCAUCAGCAAGGCCAAGCAGAGUCGGAGCGAGAAGAAAGCACGGAAGGCCAUGUCCAAGCUCGGCCUGCGGCAGAUCCACGGCGUCACCCGGAUCACCAUCCGCAAAUCCAAGAACAUCUUGUUUGUGAUUACCAAGCCGGAUGUCUUCAAGAGCCCAGCUUCGGACAUCUACAUUGUCUUUGGAGAAGCCAAAAUCGAAGACCUCUCUCAGCAGGUGCACAAGGCCGCGGCAGAGAAGUUCAAGGUCCCUGUGGAGCACUCGCCACUGAUCACGGAAACGGCGCCCACCCUCACGAUCAAAGAGGAGAGUGAGGAGGAGGAGGAGGUGGAUGAGACCGGGCUGGAGGUGAGAGACAUCGAGCUGGUCAUGGCGCAGGCCAACGUCUCGCGCCCCAAGGCGGUCCGGGCCCUGCGGCACAACAACAACGAUAUCGUCAACGCCAUCAUGGUGAGUCCUCGCUUCGGGAUCCCCCAGCAGCCCCCCCGCCUUGCGCUGUGGCCCCUUCGGACGGCUGGGACCCGCUGGGCACCGGGCUGCCUUUGCAGAACGUUCAGAGGGUCCAUUCCUGACAAGCCAGUUGCCUCUGGGGAGGGCGAGGCGCGAUCCGAGUCCCGCCUCCUGUGGCUGCGCCAGCUCCCUGCCCGCUGGCGGAUGGAGGCCUCGGAUGCUGCCCUCCCCAACCUACUGCCCUCCAGCUCCACGCUCAGGGUCCUGGUGAGCAGCGACCGCAUGGCUCCCGGGGCCAGGCAAGCCAGAGGUUUCCUUGGAAGCGACCUGAAGCCAUCCCACUUUGGACACAUCCUGACAAUCGAGGGAAAGCCAGCGACAGCGAAGACCAACCGCGGGGUCCGUCCACCCUUCACGCUGGAGCAGCGGCGGAAUCGAUCCGGGUGGGCCUCAAACCCCCCGGCAGCGGUCUCCCCCGCGUGGGAGAGUGCCACGUCCGGCACGGGACACCCGCCGGCCCGCUCUCGUUCCAGGGGCCAUCGGCCACGAGCCCGAGGUGGGUACCGCAAACAGCCGCUGGAAAAGGCGGGCAAAGCAGCGCUCUCGGGCUCGCCCCCUUCCCGCUUCGCCUGGAGCGAGAAUGCCGCCACCAUCCAGGAAGAGCCCGCGAGCGAGUGA